AUGAAAUCAGAAUUAUUCAAAUUAGAAUUUAAUAAUUUAGUUAUUAGAUCAAAUAUAUUUAAUAAAUUUCAAAAUAAAGAGGUUUAUGGUGGUCAUGUACAGAUUAUAGAUUGGUUAAUCAACAACAGAACCGAUAGAGAUGAUUUGCAACUUAGAAAUGGAAUGAUUGGUAUUGCAUUAAACAAAUUUCAAAAGCAUAUUCCUGAUUGGUUACUUUCCAAUGGUUAUAUAGAAGAUAGAGAGUAUGAAGCAUCCGAACUUGGUUUCAAAUUCUCUCUGAACGAUUUAUAUCAAUGGUUGAGUACAACCAAAAUAAGAAUCAACUUUACAUCAAAUGAUUUCGAUGAAGCAGCAAGAAAAUCAUCACUCGAUGUUGUAAAAUGGAUCAAUGAUCAUAAUAAUCAAGGAUGUUCAAAGAGUGCAAUGUAUAAUGCGUUCACCAGAUGUAAAUUCGAAACUGUUAGAUGGUUACAUGAGAAUAGAACAGAAGGAACACAUACCAUAUGCCUCUUUAGCCAAAAAUCAUUAACUAAAGAAUCAGAGAAGAGUCAAACAUUUGAAAUGGUAAAAUGGUAUCAUCAAAAUAGAACAGAAGGAUUUAGUCAUGGUUUCAUGGAUUUUGUUGCUUCUUUCUCACUUGAUAUUGUUAAAUUCCUUCAUCAGAAUCGCUCUGAAGGUUGUACAAACUUGGCAAUGUUUAAUGCUGGAUUGGCUGGUCAACUGGAAAUCUUUAAAUUCCUCAAAGAAAAUAGAACAGAAGGAGUUUCCUCCGAUCUCAUUGGAAGUCUAUGUUAUUAUGGUCAAUUAGAGAUGAUUCAAUAUCUUUAUGAAACUGGAAAGCCAAAUGAAUAUAAUUGGUCUUUCAAUCUAAUGGAUUUAGCAAUCAAAUCAUCGAACCUCGAUUUAGUAAAGUGGAUUAACCAAAAUACAACUCAUGUCAGCACUACCAUAAAUGUAUUUGAUAAUGCUUUAUCAAGAAAAGACUUUGAAAUGAUUCAAUAUCUCAUUGAUAGCAAGCUUUAUUCAAAUGAUUUGGAAUCAUCAAUUAUUUCUCAAUUAAAAAAUCAAUCUCUAUUUAUCAUUGAAAUAGUUGAUUGGUUAAUGAAAUCAAGCAUAUUGGAUCACGACAAGCUAGUUAAUUUAGCAAAACAAAGUAACAUACCAAUUAUAUACGCAUUUCUCAAAGAUUAUAAUAUCAAUAUUUAA